AUGGGACAAUACAGUAUUGCUGAAGCUGAUCGAGUCUUGAUAUCUUCAUUUUUAAAAAAAAAAGGUUACGUUAGUUCCACGGAUCCCAUUAAAGUUAAACAACCUUAUUCUUACACGGACAGUCCGCCGACUCAUGUUCAUUGGUGGUGGCCCAGCGGUGAUCACGUCUAUUGGUGUGUACUUCGAAAGGGUCAAUUCAGUUAUUAUAAGACGAAGGAUGAAAGAGAGGCUGUAGAUGUGCUACCGAGAUUCCAGGUUUUAAGCUAUAGGGUGAUUCCUGAACGAAUGAUUUUUAACCUUUAUACAAGGGAUAAAACACUAAGCUUUAGAGCAGAAUCAGCAGAACUUCUGGAAAGAUGGGUAAAGGCACUAGAAGAAUUUAUUAAAGAUGAGGAUAACAAUGAUUGUUGUCAUGAAGAAAUUGAAGAAACAGUAAUGUCGCCUCAAAGGAGGUUUGAAUCUGAUGUAAGUAGUGAAGAGGAAUGCGAAGCUGUUGUAUUUGAUACUGCAUUUGGAUUAGCAAUUUUGGAUACAGAUCCACGGUUAGGGGAAGCAAAAAUUGCCAAUUUUAAAGAUGCUUAUGGUCAUUGUGAUAAGGAUGAUGUUGUAGCGGGCUACAAGAAUGACCUUGAGUUUUACAAAUUGUAUGACCCUAGAAAUAGUGAACGAAUAGUGCGUACUGGUGAACUAUAUGCAAAGGUCAAAACACGGUUUAAUAGGUCUCGUUGGAAAAAGUUUAGAGCUACUCUUACUAAUAAAGCCUUUAGAUUGUGGUCAGUUAAGACUGGUAAAUUAAGGAAAGAGAUAUCCUUGGAUAAGCUGGUAGAUUGCGUGGAAAUAGAAGAUUCUAUGUUGGAUACUCUCUUCGCACUUGUAUUGACAGAUGAAAGGUUAAAAUUCUGUUCAAGGGAUGAUAAUCAAGUAGUGGAUUGGAUCAUUGCAUUUAAAUGUGGAAUGUUGGCUCGACGUAAAAUAUGCAGGGGACUUCAAGCUAAUUUGGAUUGA